CGGCUUGGUAGCCAGCUGCUUGCGAGGAGCCUUUCCUCCAGUAGACUUACGGGCAGUCUGCUUGGUACGAGCCAUUGUAUGAUGGUGAAGUUUGUUUUACAAUCCAAACGAAUGCGUUGAAACGAGGCGAAAUAAUGAGGGUCGAAAACUCGACGUCUACUUUUAUAUGCUUGUUUCGACGCAGGCAACCAAUCAGAAGCCCCGAAAGAAUAGGAAAAGCAAGAAUGGCAAGAAGAAAGCACCCCUCGUGCGGGUAUAAAAGUGGCAGUCCGCCAGCGGAAGGCAUCAGUUUCAUUACAACCGUAGUCGAACACCGAACUAAACAUACAAAAUGACUGGCCGUGGUAAGGGAGGCAAAGGACUAGGAAAAGGAGGCGCUAAGCGUCAUCGCAAGGUUUUGCGUGAUAACAUCCAGGGUAUCACCAAGCCCGCCAUCCGUCGUUUGGCUCGUCGUGGUGGAGUCAAGCGUAUCUCUGGUCUUAUCUACGAGGAAACCCGUGGAGUGCUGAAGGUAUUCCUGGAAAAUGUCAUUCGUGAUGCUGUUACCUACACUGAACACGCCAAGCGUAAAACCGUAACCGCCAUGGAUGUUGUCUACGCUCUGAAGCGUCAGGGACGUACGAUGUACGGUUUCGGAGGUUAAAUCGUAUCCAUAUUUCCGCUCUCAAAACGGCCCU